UCGAAAAGUAUGGCGGCGUUGUGUUUGACAACACUAACGGAACAAUGGAUACGCGAAAGAUUACACUUGAAACAUCCUUCUCUCGGCAACGUUCGGACACUGAGCAUUCCGGGGACCUGUGAGGAGAAAAUAAGACAUCUCGGAAACGCCUUGAAUAAUUUUGUCCGUCUUAAAUCUCUGGAUCUGUCCUACAAUGCUCUCGUUUCUGUGGAGGGGGUUCAACAUUUGAAGAUGCUGGAGAGGUUGAUCCUCUACUAUAACUGCGUACCUUCACUGGAAGAGGUGAAAGUGCUGUUUGAGCUCCCAGUUCUACGAGAGCUGGACCUCAGGCUCAACCCUUUGACCAAAAGCUGCUCACACUAUCGCCCCUAUCUGGUGCACGCCAUGCCCAGCCUGAGAAAACUGGAUAACUGCUCGGUCCGUGCCACAGAGCGUAAAGCUGCAGUGCUGCAGUUCUCUGAACUUCCUGCUCUGCAGCACAGUUCCUCUCUGAGCCUGGCUGAAGAUCGAAGCGGCGAUAUCGUUUUAAACCUUGUUGAGACUGAUCAUAGUGAUGGAAACAAAACCACCUCUAACUCGUUUCACAAGAAAGCAAGAGAAUCUAAAAGGAAAGAUACAAAAUAUUUUACAGAUCCGAGGAGUUCAACUCCAAAACAGGAAUCAGCCAAAUCCAUCCUCAGGUAUCCCUCCUCUAAAAACUAUCAGACUGAUUCAGGGGGGCCACUGAUGAAUGAACUACCUCAUACUAAAAGCUCUACUUUACCUAAAAUGGCCGAAAGACCAAAAGUGUCUUUUGGCCCUGUGUUUGAGAAAUACAGAACCAUGCCUGGAAAGCAAAAGGACCUCAAACAAACUAAACACAAGGCCAAGGGGUAUUUUACACCAAAUCCUGAUCAAAGUCACCGUCAUGUCUCUUCAUUCAUUAACAUUCGGCCUCCCAGUCCACUUCGUCCUGGUCUGAGUCUCUCAGACCCGUCUAAUCCCAUAUUGCAUCCUGCGAGGCUGAGCUUCAAGAAGGCAGACACGGGAACCAACCAGCAGCAGCAAGCUGAAAAGAAUAAAAAGGGCAGUUAUCGGAAACCUCUGGAGAUGCUCCUUGAUCUGGUGGACAAACACUGGAGGGGGGAGAGAUCUCUGCAUCAAAACAACAGCUUCCUGUCUCAGGCUGUCCAGAUCCUCUCCAUGAUGGAGAGCGACAUUUCCAGCCGGGAGGCGGAGGUCAGGACCUUAAGACGGGAUGUUGAAGCACUCAGCUUUCAAGUGGCUGCACGAGAGGAAGAACACAAAAAUCAUGUCCGAAACCUCUCUGCUCAGCUGGAGGACACUCAAAGAGAGGCGGGCGAACUUAACGAGCAGCUCAGGAUUGUCCUGGAGGAAAACGUCGCUCUGCAAAAACAACUCCUCAAGUUGGAACACCAACACCUCAAGUCCAUGACGAAGGUUUCACCCAUUGCUCAGAUACGAGAGGCUCAGACAGAAGUGGAGGAGCUGAGAAGAGAGAUCGGAUGCCUGAAGAUGAAAGUGCAAGAGGCUGAAAAAGUCCAGGAACUGUCAAACAUGCUCCAAGAAAGCCACAGGUCCCUGGUGGCUACAAACGAGCGCUUGCUUGCUGAGCUUAGGGGAAGUGGAGAGCAUUAAAGCCACAUUUGA